CCUAACUAAAAGGGCGCCAAAAAGAGCGCCUUUUCAAAUUUCGCAUUGGGAACAACGGCUACAUUCGAGAAAGAGAACGACUUCCCAACUCACUCCUUCCAUAAUUUGCCUCUUCAUAAAUUGCGCCUUUGGACUAACGGUAUUGCUACCCUGUGCCUUUCUUCGACAUCCAUCAGUUCAUACCCCAGUCUAUUAUUAUCCACCAUGGGAAAGAAAUCCAAGAAUCCUUCAAAGUCCGCUCGUGCUGGCCAUCGCCGUCAACAAGCUGAUAUCAAACUCGAAGAUACUGUGGAGAACCCUCGAGCCAAAGAGAUUCUCCAGCUCAUUGGAAAGAAGGAGACCGUCCUCCGCGCAAAGCUCGAUUUAGCCAUCGAACUGGUGCAACUGAAGGACGGUGGCAUGUGGAAUGCUGCGCGGGUCGUUGUCUUUCACUCUUAUGUGGCAUGUGUCAAGGACCACCUGGAAAAGUAUUCGUUUGGGGACACGAAACUCACAAGUAGCAACGACACAAAGUUCUUGAAGGGCAUCACUGGAGCUAAGGGGAAGGAACCUGCAUUUUUUGUUGCCUUCGCUUAUCAUGUUCUAGGGAGCAUUGCGUUGCACAUUGACGCCAACAUGGAUUCUUGCAGCUAUAACUACAAGCAGGCAAUUCUGGCUGUGGAGUCAGCGGACGUGAAUGAGAAGGCUCGUGUGAUGCCCAGUCAAAAGGGUCCAAGUUUCGGCACUGCUGUGAUGCCCAGUCCCCUUUACAAAACUGUCUGUGGUCACCUCACUUGCGCACAGCAACACGCAAUCAAGAAACUAAAUGAGGUCCGUCAAAGGGGCCACAUCCAAAAGUUUGGCUCUGGCGACAAGGUGAUAGAAAUGUCCACCGUUUCUGGUGAUCAGUGUGACGGCUGUGGUACAAAACCUGGUCGUGUCAUGGAAGUCUGUGGCCGCUGCCAAGUAACAUACUAUUGCUCUCGUGCCUGCCAACAGAAGGACUGGGAUGCUGGCCACAAGCAAUGCUGUCGCAAGAAGGGUCAGUUUUGUGAUGGCGAUUUGGUGGAGACUUUGCAACCCUUUGGAUCCGUUGAUAUUGGAUGUGUUUGCCGCAUCGUUUCACUUGUUCCUGGCACUCGUCGCACUCGGACGAAAGACCGUCGUCGUUUUGUUGUGUCUGAGAAGGAGGAGGGAGGAGAGACGUGCACUAUCUCAGCUCGAAAGUUGCGUAUCCAUACUGUGGCAGUUCGGGGUCUGGAUGAAGAUAACACAGUGGCCACCUGAGUGGUGAGUGUUGGGAUCUAAAGAAUGGUGGAUGCAAUUGGACGGGGAUCAGUUUCAUUCUGGAUGUGUCCUGUAUACAUAGCUCUAACUUCACUAUAUAUAGCAGUUCCGUGAGGUUC